GAAAGACGCGCCGCCUAGACUAGAUUGUGUUUUGUCAUACCCAGUAGGCAGAAGCCGCCUCCCGAGUAUCAUCAACGACGAUCGGAUUUUCUUGAUUUUGUUUGCGUGUAGCUCUUCUUUCCACGCCGACUGGUGUUUCUAUUCUUACCGAACCUUUCCAUGCUCCAUACUUGAUUGAUCAUUUGUCGCAAUGCCUGUUCCAGGCGAUCAGCACAACGUGGUGGCCAAUCCAUUCGAAGAGGCCAAGCCGCGUAUUUCAGAGUAUACCGCCGCCGAGAUUGCGACUCUGCAGUCGCGCUUGGAAAAGCAGCUGGGCCCAGAAUACAUAUCGGCCAGAAGCGGUCCAUCCGGUCAGAAAGUUCAUUACAUCGCCGCCGAAAAGUGCAUCGCUCUGGCCAACGACGUCUUUGGCUUCAACGGAUGGUCCUCGAGUAUCCAGAACAUCCAAGUCGACUUCGUCGAUGAGCAUCCCCAGACUCUCAAGAUAUCGUUGGGGUUGUCCGUUAUUGUUCGAGUCACACUCCGAGAUGGUACAUUCCAUGAGGAUAUCGGCUACGGCCACAUUGAGAAUUGCAAAGGCAAGGCUGCCGCUUUUGAGAAGGCCAAGAAAGAGGGAACAACGGAUGGAUUGAAGCGAGCUUUGAGAAAUUUUGGGAAUGUCCUGGGCAAUUGCAUUUACGACAAGGACUACCUAGCCAAGGUCACCAAGAUGAAGGUGGCCCCUACCAAAUUCCAUGAGGUCGAUUUACACCGACAUGCAGAUUAUGCCCCGAAAGAGCCCCAAAUCAAGUCAGAGACCCACGCUGGACGCGCAAAGAAUGCUCCGACCUCCAUGGUGCACAAUGAUACCAUCGACUCACUAGAUGAUGACUUUGGAGACUUUGAUAUGGCGGAUUUCGGCGUCACUGAAGAAGGAAACCCUGACGAGGUGGUUUUGCCUGGAUCCCAUAGCCUAGGCGCGAAGGCAGGCAACAAGCCUCAGACCAUGUCGUCAGGUUCGGGCAGUGACCCGAAUAGAACCAUCACGGGUAACACCGCCGGCCUUUCCAGGCCCAUGCAGCCACCUCCCAGAGCUCCUAUGACCAGAAGUAGUUCCAGUGGUCAACCAGGUCCUAGGCCACAGCCUCACACACCGCAGGCUGCGAAUCGACCUGGAGCACCGAACCAAAGCCGACCUCAACCCCAGCAACAUGGCAAACCAAAUGGUCCUGCGCCUGCUCAGCUGUCAGCAGCACAAGCCGCGGCCAACGGACGGACUAGUACUCCGCCCCCAGCGAAUGGUAAUGAUCAGAUUCCCGAUGGCCCAGUUGCCUUCUUUUCCGCUCGCUCGGUGAAGGCUCUACCUGAGGGGGCGCCACCCGGUUCACAGACCCUUCCUCCUAAUGGUGGUAAAUUGUUUGAUCCUAAGCUUGAGAGUCCUUCGAUCCGCAAAACGCCAGGUAUCGAUCAUAAUUCUACGAAGCCGGUAAGCAAGGAGAAGAAGCAUGUGGAGGGGAUCAAGCAUGACGACGAGCCGGCUACAUUGCCUGCUGGAGGUUUCAGUAAUGCAAACACUCCCAGUCGGCCACCCCCGGGUAAUGUAAUCAACCCUUCACUCAAUCAGGCACGAAUGAUAGGAGCACCUGGCAGUCAUAGUCCCAUGGGCAACAGGGGCGCCUAUAAACCGCCAACUAUGAUGAAACGGCCGGCAGAUGGAGGCGCACGGCCGCCGUUGAACGAAGUAACCACCAAUAGCAACGUCGGGUCUGCUACCUCUGGUGCGGAUGCAAAAAGGCAGAAAGUCGGCUGAGCGUGCAGUGGGCGAGCAUGACGGCAAAGGUCGUUUAUUUUUAUUCUAGGU